ACCUUCAACAGAUAUGACCAUCAAAUGACUAUCAUUUGCUAUUUAAAUUGAUUGAAUAAUUAUCGUCACUAUGACGAAGCACUUUGAUUUUAGUAGGUAGUAUAACAAAGUCUGGAAUCAGUGCAACAAGCGUCAGUUACCUUACCCACCGUUUCGAGACUCGUACGCAACUGAUCGAACAUGGAAAAGAUCAAAUUCUACAGCAACUUGCUGAGCCCACCGGGUAGGACGGUUCAACUAACCGCGUGCGCGAUUGGCCUUGAUCUUGAAUUUCACUCAGUGGAUGUCUUGAAUAACGAGCACUUGUCGGAGGAGUUUAUCAAGAUGAACCCACAGCACACGAUACCUGUGAUCAACGACAACGGCAGGGUCUUUUACGAUAGUCAUGCGAUUGCCAUUUAUCUCAUUUCGAAAUAUGCACCCAAGAACAGCCUUUAUCCGCAGGAUUUGAUAAAACAAGCAAAAAUCAAUGCAAUUUUGCACUUUGAGUCAGGAGUUUUGUUCGCAAGGCUGCGUUUCCUUAUUGACAAGGUUAGAGAAGCUACCGACAUGUCACAGGUCCCCCAAGAUCGGAUAGAUUAUGUCCUGAACGCGCUGAGCCUUUUAGAGGCUUUACUAGUCGACAAAUAUUUGGCAGGAAACGAGAUGACUAUUGCAGAUAUAAGCUGUUCAACAAAUAUCAAAUUGCUAGGUAAAACAUGAACCGUGUAAAAGAAGUGUAAGUAUGAGUUGUGGUACGGACAACCGUGAUCGUUUCGAAAUUGUGUUUUGAGGAUUCAGCUACAUUGGAGGCAAAUCUAUAAACCUAGCGAGAUGUGUUAUGAUCGGUUUGUGUCAUGCAAUCCGGUCUCAACAAGAUAAGAUGAGAACAGCUAUAUAAAAAUCACUUUAAGGAUGAAGAACAUAAAUUAUAAAAUUACUACCAAACGUGUAUUGAAAUUAAGCAAUAAUGAACAGACCAGCCAAAAACGCACAAUGCUGAAAGCAUUUAAUAAAUAUUGCACAUAGCCCGCUUAUGAUAAGAGAAUUGAUCUUCCAGAAGUAUUAUGUGAGCAAUAAGUAAAAACUUUCGUUUAUUCGUCACAUAAAGUAGCAAAAAUUAUGAACAGAAAAACGAUACAAAAACUUACUAAAUUUGAUAACCGCAUCAAGCAAUUUGAAUCGAAAUAAUGUUCACAAAGACGCGCUGUUGAUCUUCAAUUUCAACCACCAAUGAACUUAGCGACGGAUGAAUUCGAACUGAUCGUGUUUCGAAAACACACUGCUUCCAUCCCCAGUGUCCAUUCCUUACUGAUACAGCUGUAUUGGUUGUCCUAAUUAUGUAAAGGAAUUCAGAAUCAACACAAACACAGUUUAUGUCGGUUUCGCUUGGCGUUAUCCUUUCGUUGAGUGUAUUGCAAGCACUUUCGUUCGUUUCAAGGUAGCUUGUAGAGCCGCUUAACCCAAGCGAUCAGUUCUUGUUUUUUGUUUGGGGAAACAAUAUGUUUCAAAGCAUUGCUGAUAGCGCAGCUCAUAUCCGCUAGCGUUUAUUUUGUCCCAAUUGUCGUUCAGCAAACGCUUUUGCUCUAGGAGAUUCAUGCGGAUCCUUUACGCAAAUUCAAAAGAUGGCUAACAUCUAAUAUUUGAAUAACAACUUAUACAUUCUCAAGCGUCUGCUCCCAGCAAACAGAAACAGAUAGCGGCCACAACUUCAUUUCAAUACAAGUUUCCCAUUGGUGGCCACAUAAUUUUUUUAUUGUUGUCUUGAAUUUGACUGUCUCAUAUUUGUGGACGAUUAACGGAAUUCGCUGGUUGUUACUCAACAGAUAUAUUUGCAUUGUCAGGAAUGAUAAGGUAUAAUUCGAGAUACAAAAAAAUUUUUAGAGGGUUGAGUCAAAACCACGACCGCAUUGUUGAAGUAGGACUACGAAAUUAUUUUAUUCAAUUCGCUUGUUCACCACUUUCGAUAUUAUACUUUAAAUAGAAUUGUUGUUGGUUCUGAAAAAGGACGAUGGUUUGCGUGAAUUCAUA